AUGGACGGGGAUUCCGGAGCUCAGCUGGACGUCACAGACCUGCAGGUGGAGACACAGCAGAGUGUGAAAGAGAGAGAAUCAGUCACUCUGACAUGUAACAGCAGCUGCUCUCUGCCUCAAAAAACAACAUUCAUCUGGUUCAGAAACACACAGAGAUUAAAUACAAGAACCGUGAAAGAGAAUCAGCUUCAGCUGCAGUCAGUCAGUCGUCAUGAUGCAGGAAACUAUCAGUGUGCUGUUUCAGGAUAUGAACGUCUGAUCUCUCCACCUGUUUAUCUUAAUAUUGAAUAUCCUCCACAGAGCGUCUCAGUGUCCAUCAGUCCAUCUGGUGUAAUAGUGGAGGGAGAUUCAGUGACUCUGAGCUGCAGCAGUGAUUCAAACCCUCCUGCUCUGAUCUUCAGCUGGUUUAAGGAGAAUCAAAGCUCAGCUGUUGGAUCUGGACAGAGUUUCAGCAUCUCCAGCUUUAACUCCAGUCACAGUGGAAACUACUAUUGUGAGGCUCAGAAUAAACAUGGAUCUCAGAGAUCAGAGUCUGUUUCAGUCACUGUUAAAGGUAUUUUCUGUAAACACUCUUUCAGUUUUAUCUGUCUCUAG